CAUGUAGGUAUAAACAAGUCAUGGGAAGAUGAGUAUCCAUUCAUCAAGCCGGCAAGCUCUUUCGUGGAUGGUGACCAUGACUACGACUACAUCAUUGUUGGUGGUGGCGCUGUCGGUUGCCCUUUAACGGCCACCCUUUCCCAAAACUUUCGUGUGUUGUUGCUAGAAAGAGGAGAUGUUCCGUUUGAUAACGUUAACAUCUCAUCUUUAGAAAACUAUUCCUAUAACUUGAUGGAUACAUCACCUAAAUCCGCAUCUCAAGCUUUUGUUUCAACUGAUGGUGUUCCCAACAACAGGGCUAAGGUCUUAGGUGGAGGAACAUGCAUCAAUGCUGGCUUCUACAGUAGGGCCAGCCCAAUGUAUUUUCAACCUAUAACAAAAUAUCAAAUUUUAUGGAUAACGUUUAUUGAGGAAGCAGGUUGGGAUGUUGAACUUGCAUAUGAUUCAUAUACAUGGAUUGAAAGGCAAAUUGUCCAUCAACCAAAAAUCAAAAGAUUUCAAAGGACCUUUCUAAAUGGUCUUCUUGAAGCUGGUGUCUUGCCAUUCAAUGGGCUCACUUACGACCAUUUUUAUGGAACCAAGAUUACUGGAACAAUUUUCGACGAGCACCAUCACCGCCACACUGCCGCGACAUUACUUGAAUCUGGGAAACCCAAAAACCUUGAGGUUCUCAUCCACGCCACCGUUCAAAAGCUUUUAUUUGCUAAAAUUGUUAGACAAAUUCCACUAAAACCAUUUUCAGGGGAAAGAUUACUUGUAACUGGAGUGGAGUUUGAAGAUGAAAAUCAGAUCCGACAUCAAGCAUUCUUGUCGAACGACAAAGGAAUGAAUAGUGAAAUAAUAUUGUCUAGUGGGACAAUUGGUAGCCCUCAAAUACUACUUCUAAGUGGUAUUGGACCUAAAGAUGACCUUUUAAAAUUAAACAUAUCAAUGGUGCUAGAAAAUGAUUUUGUUGGGAAAAGCAUGUUUGAUUGCUCAACCAACUAUGCCUUGGUGUCAAUUGAAGAAAACUUUAACACAUCCCCACCACAAGUUGUUGGAAUUGCAAAGGAGGGGGUCUAUUUAGAAGCUUUUGAAGGACUCAAUUUCCCACUAAAUGCCAUUGAAUUUGGUCAAAAACACGAUUCAACUCAGAGAGACACGAUGCUUCUCAAAAGUGGACUAACUUUUAAGAAAGAAUUGUGGGGAGAUUAUAUUUUAUCAAAAGUUUCCAAACCAAUCUCAAGGGGGCAAAUGAACUUGAUUAGCAAUAGUGCCUAUGACCAACCCUUGGUUACUUUCAAUUACUAUAGCAGUCAGAACGAUUUAUCAAUAUGUGUGAGCGGCUUACAAUUGAUGAGAAAGAUCAUAAGAUCGAACUCCUUCAAAAACAUUACCAACAAUAAAAAAGUGUCGGAAGAAACAUUAGUUGACGAUGAAGAAUCCUUAAAGAAGUUGUGCAAGGAAACUGUGAGCACAAUUUAUCACUACAAUGGAGGUUGCAAUGUGGGUCGUGUGGUGGACAAUGAAUACAAGGUUUAUGGCGUAGAAAGGCUUAGGAUUGUUGAUGGUUCGAUAUUUGAUGAAACACCCGGUACUAAUCCUCAAGCAACAUAUAUGAUGCUUGGAAGGUAUGAUCCAAAACAACAAUUACUUAUGACACUAAAAAAUAUGUUUUAA